GAGGUAUCUCAAUUAGUCGGAAUCUUUUAGUCUGGGAGCCAGACUACCCCAAUUCGUUGGCUGUGACUGAAAUUACUGGACGCAAGAUAUUGUUCGUAAAAUCAGUGCCCAAAAUUUAACUUUCCUGACGUCGUUGGCGGAAUUCAGAUCCCGAAAUGGAGAGGAAGUUUUUGGCCGUUCUGUUUGUUCUUUCCGGAAGUUUUGAAGCGCUUGCUCUCAAGUGUCACGUCUGUCCCUUGUACGGACUUUGCAAGGAUGGUGAAGCCGGAGAAGUACAGACGUGUGACAAUGUCGGUGGCGCAGUUGAGACUCAAUGCUUGAAAUUUGAUGGGGAAUACUCUGCGAGAUAUGAAGGAGCGACCAUGAGCUUCAGUGGUGUCAUUCGAAUUUGCAGCUACACACUGAAGGAUUCCGAUACCCCUCCCCUCAGCUGCCUGUCCAGUAGUGAAAGCGAUGCCUACAUGAAGCACAGCCUCCAGGUUGCCUCGGAGCUGGUGCCCAGUAUUAGUCACUUAACUGUCGACGUCACGUCUGGCCACGCAUGCUUCUGCAACACCGACGGCUGCAACGGCGUAGACUCCGCCAAGCCGUUUCUCUCUCUGAUCCUGGUUGGUUUGUUACAUCUGCUUGUGAUGUAAAAUGCGUAUAGGCGUCCAAUAAAAAGCCGUGUUGUAGUGGAGUACAUUCCCACGAGUGAGAGUACGAAUUCUUUACAUUGAUUUCCGGUACAAUGUAUAGAACUUGUCUUGCGAGUACUACUAUGGAUACGAGUACGUAAGGAGUAGGCCAACGAGUACCAAACUGGACUCGGGUAUGAGUAUAAGAAAUAGUAAAACAAAAAAAGUAGAGAUAAUAUGUGUAUCGUGAUUGGACCUUCAACAGUUUGGCUUGUCCAGAUCGUGCUUAUUCGGCCAUUUCAUAUCCGAGUUCCUGAUAUAGAGUUAUCAUUCAUAAACAGACGGUCUGCCUAUUCAACACUGUGCAACGUGACCCUUUGUUAUCGUUUUGCUAUGCACGAUGCGAUUUGAUAAUGCCCGCUAACGGGCAUUAUCAAUAAUGCCCGCUAACGGGCAUUAUCAAUAUUCUGUAUUAUUAUUGUUAUCUAUGCUGGUUCGCCCGAAUGCAACUUAAUUGCACCAUUUUAGCACCAUAACUAUAAGCAUUGCAACUUCCUUCCCUCAUGCCUAUAAUCCACCUGCAUGGCUGAGGCAAGUAGGCCUAAAGGGCAAGACAUUAGACCUGCUAACGCGUGGAGCUAGGACCUAGUUCUACAGCCGAGGGUAAUUGGUGGCUGGCUUCGAACUCCUGAUAAAGAUUUUCAACUGAUGGGUCAGUUGCAAAUCCAAACCAUUGGGCCACGUGGCCUACAAACCCAAGUUGAAACUUUUUAUCUUUCAGAAAUAUGUCGUGUAAUGUCCUUAACUGUAAAAUUCAUGUAGCCUACAUAUCUUUGUCAGGGCUGUUACACCACAUCAUGCCCUCGGAAUCAGUAGUGACCGCAAAAUCCAAUCCCCAUGUGGAUCUGGAUGGAAACCAAACCAAAGGUUCUCAGGUAAAAGGUGAGAAAAGUAUUGUAUGAUGCCAGCCCAAUAUGUGUAAGCUAAUUUUCGCCUAGGAGCGAAAUGGGUAUAAGCGCCUAUGUUUGGUCUUCAUUUACCAGUAAAACCUUAAGAUGUAUAAUUAGAGUAUGCUUGUAUUGUCUGAUAAGUAAAAAGUACCGUAAGCAUUAGUGUCUGUAUGCUGUUCUCACAAUCCUGCAUUCUGUCCGGUCUAACUCACAGGGGGAUGUCCCGUUUACCUGAAGCAUGUGUUCACGUUAAAAUCGUUCACCGGGGUAACUUUGGGAGGUUAAAAUCCUCAUCGUCUCCGACUUUCCUAAAAACAAAUAGGCCUAUUUCUAAUCAAUUCAAAUCAAAUCAGUGAUCAUUUAUUUCCACAUAUAACAAUAUAUUGGAUACUUGGCAGAAGAAAAUAUAAAUUACAUGUCAUAUGUGGAGGGAUCCCGUAAGAAACAAUGUUUGUCGAGAAUGGGAACUCUUUAAACAUAUAUCCUCAAGUCUGAGUGUAAGAUUUUAAGAUUUUAUUUUUCACAUUUGAUUGGAUAUUUUGUCAUAAGUCGAAUUUAAUAGUAUCAAACAUCCAUCCACUUCUUUUAACUGUGAGUUAGAGCUUAAUUAAGUGCUGCAAAAGUUAUCCAUUGACUUGGGACAACUGUGGCAAGUUCCUAGAAUUUAAUGAUAAGAAAAAAAACCAAAGAAAAAAGAAUUAUAGCAGAGUUUUGCACGUAAACAGUCCUUCAGACCAAGCUUCCAGGUGUAUUUUCUGAUACAAUUACUCUCAUAGAGUCAUUUAAGAGAAUCGCAAGGAUAUGACGACUAUAACCAAGGGAUGAGGAAUGUGCCAAAGUGAACCCCGGCUGCCAAAGUUACGUCGGUUUACGAAAGUAUGUUUUCAAGAAUUGUGUAAAGGUAGCAAUAAUCACUCAAAGUUACGAUAUUUGCGGGAAAAUUAGGAAAGUUGCACAAGUAAACAUUGGAAAAACGAGACAUUGCAGACAUUUCAGAACCUUAAUGGCCAUCUACCGGUACGUGAAACGGAGGAAUUCCUCCCAGUUUGGUCACAUGAUGAAGUGGCGGCUACCAGAUCUAAAGAUCCUCCAAAACGGUCGAUACCUUUGGUUUGGAGACCAGACCAGGUCACUUGCCGACUACACACCAGGUUGAUGGAUAGCUGUGCAGUUUUUUUUGGAUUCGCACAAAUUCACAGAAUUGCAAUGCAAUACACCGCUGUCGUUUUUCCUAUUAUUUAUACAUAGACGGCCAGAGUGUGUCAAGCUGUCACCCUUGGUUAUAGUUUCGGGUUUUGCCUCAAAAUGUACAAUCGCCCCAUUACGUUUGUCCUUUCAACGGAGGUCGUAGCUUUAUUUAUUUAGAAGCAAAAUUUAUUAUGUGGUGCACGAGUAGUGAGAAAGUUGCUCAAAAAAGCUCAUCAGUUGACUCGAAAAGAGUAAAACCACCCAAGAAGAGUGAAAAACAACUCCAAAAAGUGAAAAAAGAAGAGCCGUUUUGUACAAGUCUUUUUCGAGUUGUCCUUUAAACGGCUCCUUGGUAGAGUGUAAAUUUACAGUUUACUCUUUGGGAGUGGUUUUCACCCUUCUAGUGGAGUGAGUGGACUCACUCGUUUUGAGAAUGAGUUUUACAAUCGUAUGCAUUUAGAGGUGUUUUGAGUGAUAUCCUACAUUUCUGAACAUUUUUAGUGAAUUAUUUUUUGACUUUUAUGUUGACAGCUAGUCAUCGUGUUGGCAGCCACCUGUAUGCAAAAACACAACUGUGACGUUAAAAAGAAGACUCAGACAAAGAGCACAAACUUACAGUGCAUUCGAUCAGUCGAACAGGCAUACACGUACACAGGCCUGAAAAGUAUUGACAAGCACAGCUGAGUAGUGUGGGGGGUUUAGUAUACUUAUGCAUAUUAAUGAGACCUUUUGCCAUUUUUGUCGCAAAGGUCAAACUGUACCAAACAGUCCCCCCCACUACUCUGCUGUUAACGCAGUGAGUUAUUACAAUAACAACUAUAUUUAUAAAGCAUUUCAUCUAACUUCUGAGUUGUUCAUUCUAUCUGAAAUGUUUGCAAAGUUUCAUGACGCAUAGUCAAUAAUGCGAUCAACUGAGAACAUUCAUAGCCAACAUAAAAGUUUUUUCCUCGUUAAGUCGGGUCACCGUUUGCCAAGAAUGGCCACAAUUGCUCAGACAUCCGAUUCAUUAAAAGUAACAGGCAAACUGUACUACUGAUUAAAAUAAUCACAUACUUUUGUCAAAAACAUGAAUGGAAUUUUACUCAACUUCAACAGUGUUUCAUUCAAUAAUGCACUCCAGUGCUUGUUUUGUCUUCCUUAAGAAAACGUCUCGUUGAGAAACUGAUGCUUGGAGAGGCGCUUUUUGAAGCAAUAAAAUACCAUAUGAUGCGUGUUUCCUCUGGUAA